AUACAGCCUGGGCAUAUCGCGCCGACCAAUUGCUUCUCACUCGACAACCUCAGAAAAUCACACGCCGGUGGGGCAGGAAGCCGCACUUUGGAAAGGCACCGGGACUGGGUGCCAUUCACGGUCUCAUGCUGCGACGUACUCUCAUCUUCUGUCUCUUGCUACUACCCUCCCUGACAUGGCAGCGCUCAACUCUCGGAGAACGCGCCCUCACGCCUCUUUCGUUGGACUCGAUGUCCGAGCUCGUGUCUUCUCCGGAUCCGUUGAAGCAGCUCGAUCCUAAUGACCCCCAUUCGCACCUCUCGAAGAUUCUGAUACCCCGUGUCCCGGAUACAGCGAAUAACACUCUAGUCCGGAACUACAUCGUUUCGAAGUUCAAAGCGCUGAACUGGCACAUCGAACUCAACAACUUCGAAGACAAUACACCGUUUGGACGGAAGAAUUUCACGAAUAUCAUCGUGACGAAGGACCCCAAAGCUACGCGACGCAUCGUAUUGGCGGCACACUUUGACAGCAAGUACUUCCCUGAGCCAAACCAUUUUCUCGGUGCUACUGACUCAGCGGCCCCCUGCGCUCUGAUGGUUGACCUUGGGGAGUCCUUGAAUCACCUACUGGAUGAAAGAGCUGCACGAUUUGAUGCUGGGACGGAAGAUGACGAAGACACUCCAUCUAUGGUGCCAGGCGAGUUCUUCGAAACCUCCGUCUUCCAUCCUGUCGAACCGGUCCACAGACAUCUUGCCGAGAAAUGGGCAACCUCGUAUAUCAUGCCCCACAGUAAACGACGUUUGAUGGGUCCUCAAGACACCGAGAUAUCGGGCAUCGAGCAUUUUAUUCUUCUGGACCUCCUUGGUGCCGAGAACCCACAGAUCCGCUCAUAUACCCUGGACACAGCAUGGCUCUACGAUGCGCUGGUGUCGGUGGAGACGCGUUUGGGCGAUAGUGGAGCCUACGCCUACGGCAGCGAGCAGAGUAUGGCUCCUGGGCACUGGCGAUCAUUUUUCGCCUCUCGUAGCUCUGUGGAGAUGAAUCUGGGUGGAAUUGGGGACGACCAUGUUCCAUUCCUGCAGAAAGGUGUUGAUGUGCUGCAUCUCAUCAGCUCACCCUUCCCCAACGUUUGGCAUACUGUUAGGGAUGAUGCAUCCGCGCUGCACUUGCCAACUCUGCGAAGAUGGAACAUAAUGAUGCGAGUCUUUUUCGCCGAGUAUCUGAAUCUACGACCAGACGAGAAAAAAUCUCGUGAUGAUUCGAGCACGGUCGUCGAGAGGUCGGAAACUGAUCUUCGCAUUUAGUUCGUGUUUUUAUGGAAUGUACAGUACCUGUAUCAAUACAACACAGCACUAGAGAACCCUCUCGUCCGAUGCCAUCGUCCCCUUCCCAACACGGAAGACACGGCGCUCAGAUCGUCAACAAGGUCUUGUAGUGCUUGAUCAAUCGAGAAGCGUCCGCCGCGUUCUGCAAAAACUGAAUAUAUGCGUAUGCAUUAUGAUGGAAAGGCUGACCUUCUCAUCCAGCUUACUCUGGUACAGCUGCGCGUCUGCGGCUUCAACACAUUCGGCCAGUGCAUCUGCUCUUCGAGCGCUGUUUGUUUCAACUAAAAGACGAUUAGAAGGCGUCGGGACGAUCUCGGUAACCUACUCAUUUCGCUUGCAGCGUUGACGGCGUCGGAGCGGCGAGGGAAGAGAUCUUCGAGGCCGGCGGGG